AUGAAACACUAUGGACGCUAUGUAUACCAGCCAGGCCUUUCCAAUUGCAUACGAUUCAGUUACUUCGGCAAUGGAGGCAAUUUCAAUAACUUUCUAACGUAUAAUGACUGUAAAGAAUUUUGUAUGGGAAAACCUAAAUGA